AUGGAAGGAGCAGACCCGGACAUUGACAAUGGUGAAUCAAAUAGCAUUUAUUCGAUCAACUCGAUGCGUAUGCGCGCUCGCUACCGACGGCGUAGUAAAUCUGUUUAUAGUGAGCCGGUGCAAUACCAAAGGCCGACUCAGUGGCGCGAUGACUAUGAUAAAGAUAGCGAGAUCAGUAUGAAUGGCUUUACUCCGGUCGCAGCAUCAUGGCAUCGGAGUACUGCAUCUUCGGCAGCUGUCGAGUCCCUGCAACCGAAAAUGGGCUCCAUGUUCGUGUCUAUGGCACCUCUGCAGCUGACAGUCCUCGAACACCGACAUUUAUCUCGAGAGCAGCCCAGACAGUCAAUGAAAACGGAGUCUACUCGACGGAAGGGUAUACAACGGAGAUCUCGGCCACAUUCGUCCGCUCUAGACACGUCGCUGCAUGUGCAACGAUUAUGCGAGGUUAAGUCUAGGUGCAAAAGCGACGAGCAGGAGAUGAAACAGCGCGUAAAACAAUUGGCAGCUGCUAGGCGCGAGUUUGGUGAGAUUCCUCCCCGAGAAGACGAAGAUGAGGAUGAGGAGGCAGAAAUUGCGGCGACUCUUGCUUUUAUGAAUGGUGGUAGAAGAAUGAGCUGCACUGCAGACCUUCUUGGAAAUCUCGAACCACCACUCGAUUUGGCUGUCGUGCAUUAUAAACUGGGUGAAACGCUUCUGCGGGAUGGAGAAUUUGCUGAGGCUGUUGUAGAAUUGCGCCUUAGCGUUGAGGUUUGCAACAACAAUGCAGUCACGUGGCUCUCGUUAGCAAAAGCCUUGGACGGCUCGAGGACGGAUAGCAAAGCUGCUGAGGAAGCUGUUUGCCGCGCCCUGGAAUUGGAACCAGCCUCAGUCGGUGCGCUGUCGCUUUUAGGUAAGCUGCUGCAUUUACGUGGAGAACAUGACGACGCCAUUCGAGUCUUUCGUCAAGCGCUGAAGCUGCAGUGCAUAACUAGUAAUCCUCCUGGUCAUGCAGCGGAAAUGGCAUAA